CUGCGAACGACUGCGAGGUAGGGAGCUAGGUGCCUCCUCUCAGCGGUAGGAACAGACUGAUAUCGUCUCCUCCUCUUCAUGUUACUACAGUGUGAGUCACUAUCUCGAGUGUGUGCGUAAAAGUAGUUUGCUGCCGUGAAUCUCAGGGCCCAAAGUCUACAACUUGCGGCAACAAAAUGUCGAGCCUUUAUCCAACGUUGGAAGAUAUGAAGGUGGAUCAUAUGAUCCAAGCGCAAGUGCGUCCACUCACGCCAACAGGACCACCACCUGCUUCCGCACCUCCGUAUCCCCUGUACCCAACGAGCACCCCCUUGUCCGAUGAAGCAUUUCGGGCAAUCUACCCCUCGCUGGAUGACUACAUGGGGCUAUCACUUUCGCGUGACAUCCCUCCAGAGGUCACAGCUGUCGCUGUUCGACCACCGAGUGAAAUUGCCGUUCCACAAAGUAGAGGACCGUCGUCCAUGAUGGUUGCCCCCAUUUCGGGGUCCUCUCUCGGAUUGAAAAGAGCCGAAGUCAACCACGGUAUUAGGGAGGUAGUCAUUUGCAAGGAUCAGGAUGGCAGGGUUGGACUGCGACUUGAAUCCAUCAACAAGGGAGUGUUUGUCGUCUUGGUUCAAGCAAACUCGCCAGCCGCACUGGCGGGCCUGCGGUUCGGAGAUCAAAUCUUGACCAUCAACGACGAAAUUGUUGCCGGUUACACUAUGGAUAAAGUGCACAGCAUUCUCAAGAAGGCCAGCAAGGAGCGCAUCACCAUGGCUGUUCGGGAUAGGCCAUUUGAACGUACUGUCACAAUGCACAAGUCAAGCACGGGUCACGUCGGUUUUGCAUUCAAUGGCGGGAAAAUCAUCUCCCUGGUCAAGGACUCCUCAGCUGCGAGAAACGGCCUACUGAUUGAUCAUCAACUCUUGGAGGUGAAUGGGCAGAAUGUUGUUGGUUUGAAAGAUAAAGACGUCACUCAGAUUAUUGAUGCUGGAGGGAACGUCAUCACGGUGACCGUGAUGCCCUCGUUUGUGUAUGACCACAUGAUGAAAUACACUGCGGGCAGCAUCCUCAAGAAACUGAUGGAUCACUCGGUGCCCGACAUAUAAUUCUCACUUUGCUUCCAUUCAAAUCAUCGGCCCUUACUUGACAGACACUCCAGUGAGCCAAAGAGGUUUGGGAGCAAAUGAGACAACCUUUGAUUCAACCAUGCUUGAGAGAUUUCCAACCAGCAUGUACCACUGCUUAACGAGUGUGUAUGUUCCUGUCUUGUGCUAGUCUAUAUGCAAACUUGCUCUGGUUGAUUUUUGGCAAUGGAGUGCAAAGUUUUUAUUGUAAUUUAUUGUGUAUAUUAAAUCUGACUAUUUUAAUAUCCUA